AUCAGAAAACGAGAGAAGUCGUCAGCCGUCAGCUGAUAAUUGGCAAACUUCAUUUUUGGCAACACCAACACAUCAGUUUCAUAUUCUUUGAAAAGUUAUUUAAAAUCAGCUUUAGUUUUUGUUUUUUCUUUAAACAUCAAGUUUCUUAAAAUUUUGCAGAUCUGGCAGUUUACUACCCCUUAUCUGUGGUUUUAUGAUCUUCACUGUGAAUCUAAUUUUUCUAAUAACCUAUACUUCUAUUGACAACAAUAGAGAAUACUGACUUAAUGCUAUGUGUAUUUAAAUUAUUCAACUUUAUUAUAAAGAACGUAUUGAUAUGAUCGAAAAUGGCGUUCCCCUAUCAAACACUUCGUCAAGAAUAUCUUCAGAUGCCGGUUGUGACCAGGGCAUACACAACUGCUUGUGUAAUCACAACUUUGGCUGUUCAAUUGAAUCUGGUCUCGCCGUUCCAACUGUACUUCAACCCGAUCUUGAUAUUGGAAAGAUAUCAGAUAUGGAGAGUGUUAACAACGUUUCUGUUCUUCGGCACAGUGGGCUUCAAUUUCUUCUUCAACAUAAUUUUCACAUACCGCUACUGUCGAAUGCUGGAGGAGGGAUCCUUUCGUGGUCAGACGGCUGACUUCGUCAUGAUGUUCAUAUUCGGCGGAUUUUGUAUGGUUUUUUUUGCGUUUUUCAUUCAUUUAUUGUUCCUGGGUCAGGCGUUCACAAUUAUGCUCGUUUAUGUUUGGUCGAGGAGAAAUCCCUACACCAGGAUGAACUUCUUUGGUCUACUGAAUUUCCAGGCACCCUACCUACCGUGGGUUCUGUUGGGUUUCUCAGUGUUGUUGGGCAACCCAGUGUGGGUAGACCUGAUGGGCAUGGCAGUCGGCCAUCUUUACUACUACGUUGAGGACGUUCUGCCUCAAAUUCUCGGCGGGUUCCGAUUGCUCAACACUCCUCAGUUCAUGAAGUUGCUGUUUGAUCCACACACGGAGGAGCCCGACUACGCCCAUCUGGCUGAUGAGCGACCGGGUGGUUACAACUGGAGGGGCGGAGUGGAUGAGGCCAACGAGCAACCCCCCCAACAGUGAUGUCAUGUCAUUCGUUCAAAUACAUUAAUAUGUCAUGUAACUUCUGUCAAUGAUGUUGUUCAUUCACAUCUAAGUAUAUGUCAUUCCCUAUACAGUUAUUAUUUAUAAAGAGUCAUCUCAUUCGUUCAAAAACAUUUAUAUUUAUGGAAAUUCGUGUCACAUUCACAUCUGAAUAUAUGUCUUUCAUAUUACAGUUACUAUAUCCACUCUCAGGACUACUGAUUAUUGAAACACAACAAAAAUGAUCAAGUACCCUUUAUUUUAUUACAGCCCUACUAGUUUAAUGGUUCUUGAAGAGUUGAAACUAGUAGGGUAGGUUCUACAAAAGCCUGUUAAAUUUCAAUCAUGAUUAAACUCCACGAGAAGUAAUAAGAGGUUUUUCUGAGAAGAAGGAUUCUCUAAUUGGCUCUCAUGGCAUUUAAUCGGGAUUGAAAGCUGACACGCUUUCGUGAAACCGGGUGUUAGUGUUGCAAUAAAAUAAAUGGUGCUUGAUCAUUUUAAUUGAGUUCUACAAUGGAAUGAAGAAUUACUUCAUGUAGUAACUGUAAGUAUUUCAAUGACGUUAUUCCUGUGUCAUUCAUUAAGAAUAGUUUUUAAUGAAAUUUAAAUCCAUUAUGUCAUUGAUUGAGGUUUGUCAAUAUCACACAAUACAGAAUAUGAUUUCGUUUAUGCAGGUUUAAAUAUAUAUUGCGUUAUUUAUACAAUGUUCAAAUGACGUUAUUCAUUGAAAUUGAAUGUUAUUAUAGAAUUCAUUGAUUUUCAUUCAAAUUAUACGGAGUUAUUUAUUUAAAGGUAUUGAUAAUUUAUUUCAUAGUAUAUAAUAGAAGACAUGUCUUCACUUCACCGAUGAUAUUACCUAUUCUGAUUUAAAUGUAUUAUGACAUUCUAAUUAUGGUCUAUCAAUAACGUUAUUUUUUGAAAUUUUAAUAUAACAUUCAAUAGAUUUUUAAUGCAGUGAUUCAUUAUAAUUCGUGAAUCUCGUGUAUCAUUUGAAUUAAUAGAUGCCAUGUCUUGACUCCAAAUAUAACAAGCAAUUACGUCCCUGUUUCAACCAUGAUAAUUAUCAUUUAUAAAAUCCAUUGAUUAAUUGUCUUAAUUUAAACUGUGACAUAAUGUUGUAUUAACGAAACUUGAAAUUUAUAGUGAGGUCUCUAUUAAUAGUAUGUCGUUAGUCGUUAUACAGUAAUUGGUACGCCACUUAAUUCCAACAAAGGAUCAGUUCCACAAAAACCUGUUAAAUUUUAAUCGUGAUUAGAUGCCACUAGAACCAAUCACAGGAUCCCUCUUUCAAAAAAGCCUUCUCUGAUUGGUUUACGUGACAUUUAAUCAUGAUUUAAAUUGAACAUGCUUUUGUGCAACCGGGCCUAAGACAUAAUUUGUGAAAUUUAUUGAAGAUUCAAUUAGAAUAUACUGACGUCGUUUCUUUAUUCCAACUGUGAUGACAUUCAAAAAACCUAUUGUUGACAUCCUUAACCAAAGCUUAAACUAGCCGAAAUCACAUCUCGGGCUAGAAUACAGUUAUCAACUUAAUUAUUAUUAUUAUGAGUGUGUGUGUUUUAUUGAGAAUGUAUACACUUGUUUUUUAAAUACGUUGUAUCAAACAAUAAAAAAGCUCGUUUGCUAUA